CCGGGUUUGGAUUCAGGAAGUCGGCUGCUGUCUUCCUGGCUUGACGGUCGGUCUCCUCCCCGCUGUUUGUCCGAGACGCUGGCGGCUCUGGGUUCAUUUCUAGACGCUUUUUCUGUUCGGAAACGGAAACCAUAGACAUGGACUCAGUGUUCAACAUUGAUAUCAGGGAGCACAUCCCCAACAACCCCCUGCUUUACCAGCCCCCCAGCUACGACUCCCUCCUGUACCGCAGGAAGUCCUCCACCAUCGGCAGCAAACGCAGAAGCAGCUCCAGAGGAAGGUUCGGUUCCUUGAAUAGUGUGAAGUCCGGCGGGAGCACAAUCAAGCGACAGGACGACAUCGAGAAGAGUCUGCUAGAGGAGCGGCCCGUCAGAGAGCUGGCCAAGUCCAUGAAAGAAAAACGAGCAGUGAGAGAUCAACGCUCGCUGAAGGCUCAGGAUCUCAGCGACUGGGGACAGUGGAGGCAAAACACUCGCCGGUGUCUGAAAAGGCUGAAGGACAACGCUGAGGACAGGCUGAGCUCCUUGAAGCUCUGGAGGAGCGACAUCCGUCAGAUAGAGGCAAGAUUCGGAACAGGGAUUCUGUCCUACUUCUCCUUCCUGAGAUUCCUGGUCGUACUCAACCUGGUCAUUUUUCUGCUCAUGUUCUGCUUCAUCAUGCUGCCCAUCAUCAUCAUUCCUUACACUUCAGCAAACAUCACCCAGAACGACCAAGAUCAUGGAAGUGUCUGCAGUGUGUAUCCAAGCAGCACCCGUCUGGGCCUCGUCAUCUUUCAUGAGCACAUCACGGAUCUGCUUUCUGGUGGAGGUUUCCUGGAGCAGACCUACCUGUUCUACGGCUUUUAUAAGGUGGACAAAAUCCAAUACCCUAACGGCACUUACAAUUUGGCUUUAGCGUACCUGCUGGCAACUAUUGCAUACCUGCUAGUGAGCCUGAUCUGGAUCGUCAAAAGGUCGGCCACGGGCUUCAAGCAGAACCUGGUUAAGGACGAGGACUCCUUUCAGUGUUUCUGCAACAAGAUCUUUGCCGGCUGGGACUUCUGCAUCACCAACGAGAAAGUGGCAGACCUGAAGAGGAGCAGCCUGCUCUACGAGCUGCGGACGGACUUGGAGGAAGAGCGGAUAAAACAGGAAAAAGCCAAACGCACCAGGAAGGACAAAUGUCAGAUCUACAGCCUCCGCCUGGUCCUGAACGUGUUCGUGAUGGUCGUUCUGGCCGCCUGCUUCUACAGCAUCUAUUUAGCAACCACCUUCUCGCAGGAGCAGCAGAGGAAGCAAGUGAAGGUGAACUUCAUCAUGGAUCUCAUCCACGAAUACCUCCCAUCCAUCGUCAUCACCUUGGCCAACUUUCUCACCCCCUUGCUGUUCUCCGUCAUCAUCAAUUUCGAGGAUUACUCUCCAGCCUUCGAGAUCCGCUUCACCCUCAUCAGGUGUGUUUUCAUGCGGUUGACCAGCAUCGGGGUUCUGCUCUUCUCCCUGUGGUCUCAGAUCACCAACUGCGGGGAAGAGCCUUGCUUGUGUGGCUACAACACGGCCCUGUACUCUUGCUGGGAGACCCGGGUGGGCCAGGAGAUGUACAAACUCACAGUCUUUGACUUCAUCAUCAUCGUCGCCGUCACCAUCCUCGUGGAGUUUCCCCGAAAGCUGAUCGUUACUUACUGGAAAUCGGGCCUCUCUGAUUGGUGGGGCGAGCAGGAGUUCGCCAUUCCUCAGAACGUGCUGGAGAUCGUUUAUGGUCAGACCAUCUGCUGGAUUGGCGCCUUCUACUGCCCGGUGCUGCCCGCCAUCUGCACCAUCAAGUACUUCCUCAUAUUCUACGUCAAAAAGCUGUCGUUGAUCCAAAACUGCCGUCCGUCCACACGUCCGUUCCGGGCGUCCAGCUCCAACUUCUUCUUCCUGGGCGUGUUGCUGAUCGGCCUCAGCCUGGCCUGUGUUCCUGUCACCGUCAGCGUGGCGCAAAUCAACUCUUCCCGGGCCUGCGGACCCUUCGUGAACUACAACACGUCCUGGGAGGCGCUGACCGCCUCGGUGAUGGAGCUGCCGCACGGAGCCCAGACCUUCCUCUACGCUCUCUCCUCAGAGGCCUUUGCUGUCUCCUUCUUUGUUGUUUCAUGCCUGGCCAUGUUUUAUGUGAUCGCUCUGGCUGGAGCUCACAAAAGAGUCAUUUCCCAGCUAAAGGACCAGCUGGUCAUGGGGGGUCGAGACAAACACUUCCUGAUCCUGAAGCUGUUGCAGGCCCAGCGGCUUUCACAAGCUCAGCCCCGAGCAUCUGGAUCAAAGUCACGCAGCCGAGGCAGCCCGAGCUACCACACCAGCUUCAACAGCGACUUUCCUGAAGGGCUGCUCCUGGUGCAUCCUGUGCCAAACUCCUCCACCCAACGCCUCAGCUCCGGAACCGGAGGCAGCGUGGUGUCGCUCGGCUCGGUCAGUCAAACGGUAAAAAUGCUCCGAAUCACUGUCCGGGCGGACGUGGGAACCCUGUGGUUCUUGUCGUGGAUUGUUUGUUGUCAUGUCUCGGCUGUCUCCUCUGACGACAUCGUGGUGGCGUGCGGAGGUUUCGUCAAAUCCGACGUUGAGAUAAAUUAUUCUCUGAUCGAGAUCAAGCUCUACACCAAGCAGGGCUCGCUGAAGUAUCAAACCGACUGUGCUCCAAUCAACGGCUACUUCAUGAUCCCCCUCUAUGAUAAGGGAGACUUUGUUCUGAAGAUCGAGCCUCCUCUGGGAUGGAGUUUUGAACCCACCAGCGUGGAGCUGCACGUGGAUGGAGUGAAUGACAUCUGCACCAAGGAGGAGGACAUCAACUUUGUGUUCACGGGUUUCUCCGUGUCUGGAGCGGUUCUGAGCGGAGGUCAUCUGCUGGGCCCGGCAGGGGUUGAAGUGACCCUGAGCCGAGCGGGAACCGAGGAGAAGCUGCAGACUGUGGUCACGCAGCCUGGAGGAAAGUACACCUUCUUCAAAGUUCUGCCCGGACAUUACGACAUCACAGCGUCCCACCCGUCCUGGACCCUGAAGCAGAGAUCCACCUCCGUGCACGUCUCCACCGUCAACGCUCCGGCUGCUGAACAUCUGGUGGUCGCAGGAUACGACGUCUCCGGGGAAGUCCGCAGUGACGGAGAGCCGGUGAAGGACGUCACCUUCCUCCUGUACUCGUCCACAGUCGGCGAGGAGGGCGUCAGCGGCUGUAACCCGUCUCCGGUGGAGGGGGCGGAUUCUGGGGACAGCUCCCUCCUGUACCUGUGCAGUGCUCAGUCCAGAGAUGACGGCACCUUCGUCUUCUCUUCACUGGCCAGCGGCGAGUACACAGUUGUGCCUUUCUACCGGGGGGAGAGGAUCACGUUUGACGUCGCUCCUUCACGGAUGAACUUUAAGGUGGAGCACAGCAGCCUGAAACUGGAGCCCGUCUUCCGCGUGAUGGGCUUCUCCGUGACGGGCCGAGUUCUGAACGGCGGCGGCGGGGAGGGCGUGCCGGAGGCCGCCGUCUCCCUCAAUAACCUGAUCAGAGUGCUCAGUAAGGAGGAUGGCUCCUUCCGGCUGGAGAACAUGACAGCCGGUACCUACACCAUCCGCGUCAGCAAGGACCUCAUGUUCUUUGAGCCGCUCACCGUGAAGAUCGCCCCCAACACCCCCCAGCUCCCUGACAUCAUCCCCGCGGGGUUCAGCGUCUGCGGUCAGAUCUCCAUCAGCCGCCUGCCUGAAGGCAUGAAGCAGCAGAGCCGUUUCAGGGUCAUUCUGACCCCGCGGGGCCAAGACAAGGCCACCAGCCGUAGCGUGGACUCCGACCCUCAGGGGGCUUUCUGCUUUCAGGCCAAACCUGGAGACUACAACAUCCAGGUGUCUCUGCCCGACGCUGAGGUGAAGGCGGGCCUGGCUCUGCAGCCUCAGGUCCUGGAGGUGUCCCUGCUGGACCGGCCCCUCACAGACCUGCUGUUCACGCAGUUCAUGGCUUCUGUGUCUGGAAAGGUCUACUGUCUUGCUUCUUGCGACGACGUGUCGGUGACGCUGCAGCCGGUGAGCCGGCAGGGCGACAGGCGGACGGUGGCGCUGUCCGGCCGCAGCGAUGUCCUCAGCUUCUCCUUUGACGACGUUCUGCCUGGAAAAUACAAAGUGGGUAUUCCUCAUGAGGAGUGGUGCUGGAAGCAGAAGUCCAUGGAAGUGGAGGUCCUGGACUCGGAUGUCAUGGGAGUGGAGUUCAGACAGAUCGGUUUCAUCCUGCGCUGCUCUCUUUCCCACGCCAUCAUUCUGGAAUUCUUUCAGGAUGGCAGCAAACCGGAGAACGUCGGCGUCUACAAUCUCUCCAAGGGAGUCAACCGCUUCUGCCUGUCCAAGCCUGGUGUGUAUAAGGUCACCCCGCGUUCCUGCCAUCAGUUUGAGCAGGACUUCUACACGUAUGACACCUCCGCCCCCAGCAUCCUGACGCUCACUGCGGUGCGGCAUCACAUGACGGGACUCAUCACCACCGACAAGCUCCUUGACGUCACCGUCACCAUCAAGUCGUCCAUCGAGAGCGAGCCGGCUCUGGUGCUGGGGCCCCUGCGAAGCCUGGAGGAGCAGCGGCAGGAGCAGCAGCUGCAGGAGAUCCAGCUGCGCCGCCAGGAGCGGGAGCGCCGGGCCGCCGGAGACGAGGGAGGAGCCAAGGACGACAGCCCGCCCAUCCAGGAGAAGGCGGACGACCUGAUCGGCCCCUUCCACUACGACUUUUCUUACUGGGCCAGGGCUGGUGAGAGGGUCACAGUGACCCCUUCCUCCAAAGAGCUGCUUUUCUACCCCCCUGAAGUGGAAGCAACCAUCACAGGAGAUUCAUGUCCCGGUCGGCUGGUGGACAUUAUUGGACGAGCAGGCCUCUUCUUGGAGGGAAGCGUCUCGCCGGCGCUCGAGGGGGUGGAGAUCUCCAUCACUGAGAGGGGGGCUUCUGCUCCACUCAUCACUGUGGCCACAAACGACGUUGGAGCCUACAGCGUGGGCCCGCUCCACAGCGACCGCAGCUACGACAUCAGUGCCAGGAAGGAGGGCUUCGUCCUGAGUCCGGCUGAGGGAACGCGGGGGGACUUCAAGGCCUUCGCUCUGGCAGGCGUUACUUUCAAGAUUAGGUCAGAGGACGGACAGCCGCUGUCAGGCGUCCUCCUGUCUCUGAGUGGAGGACAGUUUCGUUCCAACCUUCUGACGCAGGACACCGGCCUCCUCACCUUCAAUAACCUGAGUCCUGGGCAGUACUACUUCAAACCAAUGAUGAAGGAAUUCCGCUUCGAGCCCGCCUCUCAGAUGAUCACAGUGGAGGAGGGUCAGAACCUCAGCAUCGACAUCACCGGCAUUAAAACUGCGUACAGCUGCUACGGAGCCGUGCAGUCGCUCAGUGGGGAUGCGGAGCGGGACGUGGCCGUGGAGGCAGUGGGGCAGGGAGACUGCAGCCUGUACAGCGAGGACACGCUGACGGAUGAAGACGGUCAAUUCCGACUGCGGGGGCUGCUGCCUGGUUGCAAAUAUCUGAUUCAGCUGCGAGCUGAAGGAAACGACCACAUCGAGAGAGCGCUGCCAAAGCACAGAGCCAUAGAGGUCGGAAACAGCGACAUUGAAGGAGUCAACAUCAUCGCAUUCAGGCAGAUCAACCAGUUUGACCUCAGUGGGAACAUCGUCACGUCUCCAGAACAUCUGCCAACUCUGUCGGUAAAACUGUACAAAAGCGACAAUCUGGACAAUCCCAUCAACAGUGUGUCUCUAGGACAGUCCUUGUUCUUCCACUUCCCUCCUCUGGACCAGGAUGGGGAGACCUACAUGCUGAUGCUGUACUCCACGCUGCCCCGCUCUCAGUACGACUACACCCUGCCUCAGGUGUCCUUCAGCACCGCCGGCCACCACAAGCACAUCACGCUCACCUUCAACCCCACCCGUAAAGUGCCUGACCAGGAUGUUGCUCAAGGCUCCUACAUCGCCCUGCCCUUCACCCUGCUCCUGCUUCUGGCAGCAUACAACCACGAGAAGGUGAUUCCCAUGCUGCUGCAGCUGGUGAACCGCAUCCAGGGGGUGAGGAGCAUGUCCCAGGCCAGCGCCGACGGGGCCGCUCUAGAUGAAGCCAAGCGUCAGAACAAGAGACAGAAGGCGCGGCGUACGUGAGGCAGGCCUCGGCCUCGGGUACCGCAGGGUUUUCCGUGUCAGCCAGCCUUUUAGCUCGUCAAGGUGUGUUCUGACAGCAGGCUCAGGUGGAGCCCCCGGGAGAGACCACUCCUUGUUCUUUAGCCCACAGCAGUCCAAAUCUCAGAGCCGAUUUGAUACAUUUACCUUUCACUUCAAGUUUCCUUUUGUGGUUCUGAAAGCACUUCCAUGCCUUUGAUCGUAGUCUUAAUCAUUGUUGUCCCUGUUUAAGAACAGAAAAACCACAGCAGACACACACGCUGAAUUCUAAUCAGACUGCUGCUAAGAGGCUGUAUUAUGAAAGUCCAUGUAGAUUUAGGCUUUCUCUGAAAUGUUUUAACAGAAACUGUAGCUGACAGGCAGCUGGAGACCUUCAAGGAUUAGAUCCUGAUCUGAUCCGGGGUCUCCUCCAUUUCAUUGUGAUUUAUGGGGAAACUUUUCUCAGGGUGGGGGGACGAAAAGAUGCUGAAAUUUGAAUUAUGGAAUGAAGUUUGGUUAAUUUAUUAACACUUUGACUCUCGUGUGAACUCUAGUCUAGUUUGUGUGAAAGAACGUUUCUUUUUACUGAUGACUUCUUCAAUCCAUUCUGUCAGAUGAUGUGUGCUUACAUUUUUUUCUACAACAUAAAAAUGACUAAAGAUGUCCUUCCUGCAUUCGAUGAGCUCUGCGAGGUCGCAGGGUCGAACCGUACUGUGAAAUGUCCGUCAUGUGUGAGUCGCACCAACAGGGAAGCUGUUCCAGAGCGCUGUUCAUUUGUUUGGGGGUGGGGGAGGAACUGCUCUAAUUUUUCACAAUAAAGUUUGACCACGAUGAA